AUGGGUCGCGUCGACGAGUUUGCAGCCCAUGAGUUUGAUUAUCUGAUCGUCGGCGGAGGGACCGCAGGCUUAGUGUUAGCUGCACGUCUAAGCGAACGCCCUGACAUCGUGGUCGGAGUAGUCGAAGCUGGUCCCGCAGCAUUUGAUGAGAAAGCAAUCAACAUCCCGGGUCUUUAUGGUUCUACCAUCGGGUCUCAGUAUGACUGGCAGUUUGAGACCGUGCCUCAGCCAGGGCUAUCAGGUCGGAAGCUACCGUGGCCUCGUGGCAAGGUACUUGGCGGUACCAGUGCCCUGAAUUUCAUGGCGUGGAAUCGUGGGAACCGAGAGGAUUAUGACGCUUGGGAGGAAUUAGGGAACGCAGGAUGGGGCUGGGAUGAUCUUUUGCCUUACUUCCAACGUUCCGAGACUUUUCACCCUCCUGAUGCCACUCACCAGAAGCAGUAUUAUUCUUACUACCAAGAGGAAACACACGGGACUACUGGCCCGCUUCAGACAACACAUAUUCAGAGCUAUGGUCCAGCUCACCAGUUUUGGCACGCGACACUCAACGCGGUCGGCGUGGAUACUAGUCCAGAUAGUCUUGACGGAUCAAAUACAGGAGCAUGGAACAUGAUUUGCACGGUGGAUCCCAUCAGCCAAACCCGGAGUUAUUCGGCAAUUGCCUACUAUCAACCCAUAGCAGCGCGACCAAAUCUAGUACUGCUUACUGAGGCAAUGGUGACAAAAGUACUAAUCGAGAAAGAUGGACACAGUGACCGGUGGGUCGCGACUGGAGUCGACAUCCUCUGCGAUAAUAAGCAGAAAGAAGUCUAUGCAGCAAGAGAGGUUAUCCUCUCAGCUGGGAGUGUUCAGUCUCCACAGCUCCUGGAGCUAUCUGGCGUGGGCAAUACCGAGGUCCUGAGGUCUGCUGGAAUCCCUGUCAAGAUUGAAAAUCCGAAUGUCGGGGAAAACCUUCAGGAGCAUAUGAUGACGGCCACAAUCUUCGAAAUAUCGCCCGAGAUACCCACCCGGGAUGAGGUCCUGCAGGAUUCAGCACUUCAGGAAGCGGCCAGCCGUGAGUAUGAAGGCUCUAAGUCCGGACCUUGGACUAUCCUUCCUUGUUCAAUCGCAUAUUGUUCAUUGUCACAGAUCAUCGGGCAAGAGGAGCUGGAAGGCCUCCGAUCGAGAGCGGAGUCACUGGCCAAACAGACUGGGAAAAAACGAGACGAGAUCCUAGCUCGCCAAUUCCGGGAGGAUGCUAAUUUGGGUCAGCUCGAAUAUCUCUUCGAUGUCGGCAACUGGAGUCCAUACUUCACAUCCGAAGUGGGCAAGAAAUAUGGUACGAUGCUUAUGAUGCUGCAAUAUCCCUGGUCCCGGGGGUCAAUCCACUUGCCACCCAAGGACCCUGGCACCCGUGCGACUGUUCACGAUAAGCCGAUUAUUGAUCCACGGUACUUUUUCGGUCAUGGGGAGGUAGACCUGGAGAUUAUGAAGCUUGGCCAGCGCUUGACGAAGCGAAUCUGCGCAACGAAGCCACUUUCAGACAUCAUUCGCUCCCGGGUGUUCCCUCCGAUGUCUGAUUCGGACACACCAGGCGAAAUGGACGAAUACGACGAGUUUGUUCGGAACUAUACCAUCACUGACUGGCACCCGAUUGGUACCUGCGCGAUGGGAGGCUUAGAAGGCGAGAAGUCAGGCGUGGUCGAUGGCCGUCUAAGAGUGUACGGUAUAACUAACUUGCGUGUUGUCGACGCCAGCAUCAUGCCUCUCCAAGUCAGUGCGCAUAUUCAGGCGACGGUAUAUGCCAUUGCGGAGAAAGCUGCUGAUAUGAUAAUCGAGGAUCUGGUCCGACUGAGGUGA